AUGGUGCGGGUUACGGACGAGCUGGCGCUCUCGCCCGAGCACAUUGCUCUCUACCACGCCCCCGACCCUCUGCUGGGCCAGCUGCCCGUCCUCAUCUUCCACGGGCCCUCGACCACGGCCAACUACACUCUCAACAGCUCCCGCGUCCAGGUCCACGUCUUCACACCCGCCGGCUUCCAGUCCUUCCCGCGCAUCACGAUAUCCCCCAGCUCGCCCUUCUACAGCGUCGUCAACCACCUGCCGCGUGAGUUCCAGGGCGACGAGGUCUACCGUGGCCUAGCAUUUGGCCUGUUCCGCUACUUCAAGGAGCUGCCUGAAAAUGUAAAGAACCAUCUCAAGAACGUUUACCCGCCCAAGGGGAAGCGCCCCGGCAGCGCUCCGGCCCUCUUCAGCGAGCAGCACGCCGCCGACCUGGUAAAGGAGAUGGUCAAGAGCGAAAAUACCGUCGAUGUCGUUGCCACGCUGGACGAGGCCCUGCAGACGCAACAUAUAAGCAACGUCGACAUUGACCUGCUCCUACCGCCGGGGUCCAUAGUACCGCCCCAGCCAUCAGAGUUUGAGGAAAUGCCCGACGAUGAAGACGACAUCAUCGAUCCGACGCUGCGCCAGUAUGGCAUGUACACACCGCUGGUCAAGCUGUUUGGCGAGCCCGUCUUCCUGCCCACCAGCAAGCUGCGACGCGCGCCCUCCAAGCCCACGCCGCUGAACCGCAACAAGACUUUUACCAAGGACCAAAAGAUUGAGCUGCGCAUGAAGAUGGGCGAGCUCGUCGACACCGAGGAGCGCUAUGUUCUCAAGGUGCAGGAGCUGGUCAAGACAGUGGCCAACGACUUUAGGAACAAGUCAAAAGCCCGGCCCGCCGAGAGUCUGAGUCCGUCCGAGGAGGAGCUGGAGAAGCUGUUUCCCAAGUCAUCAGACGGUAUCCUCCAGGUCAACUCGGCCUUUGUCGAGGAGCUGCGCAAGAUCAUGGACGAGACGGAAGAAGACGCCGUCAAGGAUAUGGAAAUACCUACCAUGACCCUCUCGUCAACAAAGGCCCCCAACAAUCCCACGCGAGUCAAGGAUCCGCUUGGUGCCUUAGCCAUGGCCAAGCUCUUCCUUGAAUGGUUCCCCAAGUUUACCCAGUGCUACCAAGACUACAUCAAGCGCGUGAGCCAGGCAGGCGAGCAGACCAUUCGCUCACUCCUCAUUGAGCCCGUCCAGAGGCUGCCGCGUUACAGCCUUCUAAUUGACCAGAUUAUCGCCUCGUUGCCCAUCACACACCCGGCACUACAGCCCAUGCUCAAGGCACGAGACAUCAUCACCAACAUCUGCUCCAUGGACGAUCCCCUGCCCGACAAGCCUCAUGUCGCCAAUCGACUUCGAAACAUGGUUGAGGCGUGGCCUGCCGACCUCGAGCCUCAGGGCCGCCUCAUCCUAGCCGCCGACUUUCUGGAGCUCUCACCACCCUACCAGGCCACCGUUGACUCCGACGACGCGGGCAUCUUCCUCUUGUUCUCCGACUACAUAGUCAUGCUGAGGAAAUCGGGCGACAAUAACAUGACAGGCCGAGAUUUGCUACGGGAAAUCGACAAGCCUUCAGCAGCGGAGCUGCUCAUCUCCAUGACGAACGCUGCUGGUGGCCCGGGCGUGUACGAAUUCAUCUUUACCGGAUGGCAUCACCUUGCCGAUGUUCGCUUUACAGAAUCGGCCGACGGUCACCUCGUCUGGAUGACGUCGAGCGCAGAGAUGAAGGGCAUGCACCCCGGCGAGCAUAAGGUCCCCAAGGCCAUCACGUCGCGCUGCUUCUUGCUGCAGGAAGCCUUUGAGGGCAAAGCCGCAAAGUGGAGCGAAGAUGUCGUCAAGGCAAGGAUCGAGGCGCGGUUUUCCGAGACGGAGAGGGAAGACCCUCGCUGGACUUUGCGCUCAGUCCGGAUGCCCGAGAACAACUUGGGUCUGCAUGCCGCGAUAUAUCAGGAGGGCGCCGAUCAGCUCGUGGAGGGCCGGCGCGAACCCGCUUUUAUCCGCGUGGUGGUGGACCAUGAGAAGGGAACUAAGGGAGCUCCAGUCGGCCAUUAUGGCAUCGAGAUUGUCAUCAAUGUGGCGAGCAAGAACAUGAAGAGGAUUUCCCUGCUCACCGUGGGCCUCAAUGGGAAGCAGUAUCAAGACGACGUGGCUCUGGAAGAUUUCCUUCCAACUAUGUCAAGAAGAAUAAUGCAGCUCUUGAGCGCCCAGUUCAACGUGUCUAACCGAAAUCUUACGGCCCCCAUGGUCUCCUACAAUUCCAAAACGCUAAGGACGCUAUGUCUAUUUAAUCGUGCAGAAAAAACACGCUCCUUCUUGGCAGCGUCCCCUGUCAAGCUGUUCACCAGCUUAUGGAGUGGCGGUUCCAACAACGCCUCGGAGACGACUCUUUCCGAAAUCAAGCACCAACACCAACCCUCCAUCCAACGAGCAGACAGCCACCACUCCGUGUAUGGUUCGAUCAGGGGCAGGGACAACUCGCGCCGGCCGUUGGAAGAGGUUAUGCCAGAAAACCCACUCGUUCGGUUAGAGCAGACUUUUGAGGCAUUCACAACGGCUCUUCAAUAUCGCAAGGGCUCUAUUCAUGGCAGGACAUUGAUGCACCGCUCCAUGGCCGAUGAACUUCUGGUGAAUGACUUGUACAAUCGACUCAUUGAGAAUCCGUCAGAGGUGGAAGUGGCCAACGACGUUGGAACCGAAGUUGUCUUUACAGCUUUUGAGAAUUUUCUCCAUAUUGCCUGGGCCGAACAGAUUGGGCCUGUGACGACGAUCAAGAUGCUCGACACUCUACAGGAGCGAGCCAACAAGAGAGUCCCCGGCGAGUUCGCCGACUUUGUCAACUUUUUGUUCAAAGAACUGGCUCCGCAAAACCGAAGGGCGUUUACGGCACUCAUCAAGCUGCUAGCGGAUCUCUUGGACGGCUGCAGCAACGAUAGCGACCGUGGUGCGCUGACCUUGGCGUUUUCGGAGAUGCUGGUUACCGAUGGCACGGCCGCGAAUUACAUCAACCUGCUGGAUCGACUGGUGGAUGACUGCGAUAGGAUAUUUGGCGAGCCCACGUAUGCUGGCUUUAGUUUGGCCGACUUGGCUCUGAUUGAGUCGUUCCAGGCACGCGCCAACGGUGGCCCUGGCCUCAACAGCGGCAACAAGUCUCACCAGGGAUCCGUAACCUCCAACACAUCGUCUCUGCGCCGCAAAUUCGGGCUUGACAUGCUGCUCCGGCAAAACUCAAAUUCCAAGGAGGAGCGCAACUCUGUCUGGAGAAGUCUCGGCAAGCACCGGAAUUCGGCGUCAGGCGAGAGCCAGAGCAUGUCUAGGGCGACGAUGCAGCAGGCUCUACGUCAACGGUCGAUAGACGACAACAACAUUUCAAAGAGAUUUACACUGGGCAGGCCGGGAUCUGGAGACAGGGUCCACGUAGCUAGUGCCUUUGAGGAGCUGAACAGACCGCCCAGCGCGCAUCGCCAAGAGUACCCGCUCGACACGAUUGGGGAGCCCGUCUCCGAGCCGCCAACUCCCGGGUCGCCGAGGAGACAUGCCAAGAGGAGAAGCUCUCUAUCGGAUCUUCCGUCGCUGAUGGAGACUGAGAGUAUUCAAGAAGAGAGGGAGGCGGAGGAAAGGGAAGAUGCGCUGCAAGUCCUGCAAAACACUUCGGAAAAGGUCAAUGGCAGUCCCAAUGUGAUCCCUGUGAAGACUCCCCUCCUGAGCCCCGACUCAUCACUGCUCAAAUCCCCUCGGCAAAAGGAAAACAUGGGCUCGGUGGACAUUUAUGGCAGUGUUCGGAUCAGAGCAGGCUCGCCAAUCAAGGAGAUUCAAGCCAAGCUGGAACAGGCAAUGCGUGGAAAUUCUCCUACCAGACAAGAUCCGCCUCCUUACAGGAGGCCGAAGCCAACGCACACCAAAACACUGUCGACGUCCAACAUUCCCACAUUGCUGCCGCCGAAGCCCAUCCGUCCCGGAAGCUCGUCUGGUGAAACCCCGGUCCGAGUGACUAUCAGCCCGACGCGAACCCCCGCACAGAAGCUCCGACUGCAAUCUCCGCAAAAGCUGCGAGAGCGGCUGCAGACGGAGAAGACUGCUGUGGGAGAAGCAGAUGCCAUGCUGCAGUCGGAACUGUUCAAGAUUGGCGAGGAAAUGGCACGAGUGAACAAUGAUAGCUUGACUGAUUCCGAAGCAGCCAGCAUUCAGCUGUUGGCUUCAUCGGUCGCCUCACUAGAGGACAGGAUGCCCGGCGUGAUGCAAGAGCUACGCGACAGACAGGAUGAGCUCCAGCGGGACGUGGAAAUCACUCUCAAGACAACCGAGUCCAAGAUGCGGUCCAUCGACCAACUACACAAAGAAGCCGUGGCAGAAAACGAGCUGCUAUACGAGCGGUUCAAUACCGAGCUCGGAAAGAUUGUUAAGGCGCUCAAGGGCAAAGGCAAAGAAGAUAAAGAAGAGCUGAUUGUCAAGCUCAAGACGCAAGGAGAAGAACUUGCCAAGAUGAAAAAGGAGAAUGCGCGAUUGAAGCGCGAAAUGAUUAGCCUGCGGGCAGCGCUGAAGGGGACGACGGAAUAA